UCAGAAGCUUUUUCUUCUUCUUUCACGUUUAUGGGGACAGCAAAAUCUUCUUUACUUCUUUCGUUCCUUGCCUAGUUGUGUCUGCGUCAGCUCCAUUUCAUAGUUCCACUACUUCACUCUACAAUGGUCAACAUGCUGUUGAGAAUCUAGGUUUAGGGGAAUUGGGAUUUCAAGAACUGAUAGGAAGACAACUACCAGGCGAUUCAAUUAGGGAUGGUUUAAAUUGUCAGAAUGCUGGUGCAGAGCUUAACAUUCCUUUUACAGCAACACAAAGUGUGUUUUCUAGAGAUGACGAUUCUACUUCAAAGCCGUCAAGCUCUGUGGUGGACUCAAUUAGUCAGGAUUCGGCACUCAUUGAUUUAAAGUUGGGGAGGCUCAAUGACCAAAUAGAUGCCCACAUUCCCACAUUUUCACAUGGAAUCUCCGUUGUGUCUUCAUCUCAGUCAUUGACGACUCAAAAGAGAAUGCGGGUGUCGGGAGUGAAUUCCCAUAUUGCCUAUUGCCAAGUUUAUGGCUGUGGAAGGGAUCUCAGCUCCUCAAAGGACUACCACAAGAGGCACAAAGUUUGUGAAGUACACUCUAAGACUGCCAAGGUUAUUGUCAAAGGCAUUGAACAGAGGUUUUGUCAGCAGUGCAGCAGGUUUCAUUUGCUGGCUGAAUUUGAUGAUGGUAAGCGUAGCUGUCGUAAACGCCUUGCAGGACACAAUGAGCGCCGGAGGAAGCCUCAAUUUGGGGUUCAACAUGGAAGACCUGGGAGGCUACAUCAGUCGUUUGGUGACUUUGCUGGUGGUAAGCUUCUGGAGACAACUUUACCUGCAAGAUCCUUUAUCUGCCAAGAUAUACUCCCCAGUACUCCUCUUCAUCCUGAGAGAGAUGGAACUAAUGACUGGUUCGGGCACAUAAAAGUUGAACACGGGACUGCUUAUAGUCCUUUGCUGGCCAAUCCCAUGACUCGCCCUCUGCAUUUGCAAUCUGUCUUGCCUUCUUAUAAUUUUGAGAAAUCGUUCCCUCCUUUUCAAGAUAAUGGAUCAAACACUAGAACGGGGAGUAUUUUCUUUGAUAACAGUCAAAGACAUCCACACGAUUUAGGAGACCUGAACUCUGCCACGCAUUCUUUGUUGCAUGACAUUUCAUUGGGAAGUGAAGACUUAACUGUUUUUGACACAGCAUCAACCAUUCAUGGAGUACCAGGGAUUACAGAUUCUAGUUAUGCUCUCUCUCUUCUGUCAUCUCAUUCACCGAACUCGUCCAGCCAUUUUCCAGGUAUUUCCAUGUCUUUAGUCACGCCGAGAAUCUAUAAGCACGCCAUUCCAUCGUCUGGGAGGUUCAUUGGAGCUAACUCUAAUGCAGAAUCAAGUGGGUUGUCAAGUAAAUUCUCUACAUCCAAAAUGAAUUCUACAGAAGGGAAUCACUUUCCUCCUAUACUAAUAUCUGACAGUAGUGAUGCUAUGAACUAUGAGACCACAGGCGGCGGUUUCCAAGGUCCUGACUUUCUGAAUGCCAGGGAUUGUUUUCCCGGUGAAGGUGGGUCGACUAUUGACUUGCUUCAGUUAUCGUCCCAGCUUCAGCGAGUAGAGCAUCAAAAGCAGUCUCUACAGGACAAGCAAGAAAGUGAUUUUUUCUGUCGCCCUUAAAUCUCCUCUGCUGGUCUGUGCUGCAAACAAGUUGGAUAAAAAAGUACAUUGGUUUGA